AUGAACCGACUCGUGAAUACUCUCGUCCUUUUCCUUAGCUUGGGGUUGAAAGCCCACAGUUUGCACGGUCGGGUCAUGGUCUACGGAUUUGAUAGUAUUGAACCAUCAGCCGACCUCACAUGGACACCAUGUUUCGAUUCCUUUAAUUGCUCGAGACUAGAGGUUCCUCUGGAUUAUUCAAACAGAAGUCUUGGCACUACAUCGAUUGCGUUUAUCAAGCUGGCUGGCAAAAAUGCCACUGUCAAGUCUCCAAGCAUUGUACUCAUCCCCGGCGGUCCGGGUGGCUCUGGUGUCGACCUGCUUCUCACGUACCAGAAUCUCAUCGGACAGAUGCUUGGAGAGCAGUACAACUUCGUCUCCUUUGACCCUCGCGGUGUGAACAACAGUGACUUGCAUCUUGACUGCUUCUCUGAGGACGCAAAAGCAAGAUCAGCCUUCUUUCGACUCCACAGAACCGGCGCCACCAAUAUCUCAUCAACAUCGCUUGAGGAACAGUACUAUUCAAGCUCUAUCUACGGCGAUUGGUGCAACAAUGCUGUCGAGAAUAAGUCACCUCAUUCAUAUUAUGUGACUACACCAGCAGUGGCCCAUGAUUUGCUCACAUUUACCGAGGCCGAGGCUGAGUUGGCCGGUCAAUCACCAUCAAAAGCCAAAUUGUGGUGCUAUAGCAUCAGUUACGGCACUGUCAUCGGUAGCACUUUCGCUUCACUGUUUCCUGAUCGGGUUGGGAGAAUGAUACUUGAUGGUGUUCUGAACGCAGAACAAUAUUAUAACAACUAUUGGACGGACAAUGUUGAUCAAAUGGACGAGGCCAUGGAAACAUUCUCGACCUUCUGCCAUUCCGCAGGGCCUGAUAAAUGCUCAUUUUGGGGACCCACACCCACUAACAUCACGGCAAGAAUGAAUGGCAUCAUCAGUCAGCUUCAGAACCAUCCAGUCCCGCUAAGCGGCGUCGGACGUCCAGACCCGCCGACAAUGGUCACGUAUUCUGAUCUAAAGACUCUUUUUCUCACCGCACUCUACACUCCACUAACAACAUUUCCAACCAUGGCCGAAAUCCUACACCAGGCCGAGUUUGGGAAUGUAUCUGCUCUUGCGGGCAUGUAUGACCAGUUAAACUCGAUGACCGAUGCCCGUCUCAUCAUUACAUGCACCGAUUCAUAUCGGAGGAACAAGCUUACUACUAUGCAAGAGUUCAAGAUUUGGGCAGAGUACACAACUUUCAAGAGCAAGUACAUCGGUGAUAUCUACCCCUCAUUCCUGGAAGGCAUCUUAUGCCGAUCAUUCCGACCGCAGUUGCCUGAUAGUAUGAAGCAAAUUCUAACCAGGUUUGACGCAGAUGAAAUAAGUGCAAUAAACAUGCCUACGGCCUUCCCGAUCCUCUUUGCGAGUAAUACCAUCGACCCUAUCACGCCGUUGGAAUCGGCGCGUAAGAUGUCUUCUCGGUUUGCCGGGUCGGUCCUUUUAAUGCAAGAAGCUGUUGGUCAUACGGUCAUCGACCAGGGGGCGUCAAAUUGUUACUUUGGACAUAUUCAGGCAUACCUCCAAGGCACAGUUCCAUCGUUGAACACUACGUGCCCCCGACAGUACAUUCCUUUCUUAGAUGCCUCCCCCUUCUAA